AUGGCGCCAGGCAUGGAGGAAACCCUAAUAUCGCCAUCACCAACUCUUCCCUUCGAUCUUGUAGCUGAGAUUCUGUGUAGGCUUCCCGUGAAGUUACUCCUUCAACUUCGCUGUCUCUGCAAGUCCUUCAAUUCAUUAAUCUCUGAUCCCAAAUUCGCAAACAAGCACCUUCGCUUGUCAACCAGGCGCCAUCGCCUCAUGUUAAUGUCUACCAACGACUUAGGUCACUUAGUUCUCUUUAAUUCCCUAAUACCCUCUGAUUUUUCAACCUCUACUGUCAGUUACCCUGACUGCCUCAAAAUUGGAAAAAGUGGGCCUUAUCGCGUGUGCUCUUGCAACGGCAUCCUUUGUUUCACCAUGGCUGACGGUUCUGCUAUUUUGUGGAACCCUUCGAUUAGAACAUUCAAGAUCUUGCCUCCUUUGGGUAUGGAUAAACAACUUUUUCUCUCCUUAUAUAGCUUUGGGUAUAAUCCUUCCGUUAAUAAUUACAAGAUUGUUGCUAUUUCUGGUCGAUUUGGCAAAACUAAAAUUAGUGUUCAUACCCUGGGUACAGAUUCUUGGAGAACGAUACAAGACUUCCCAUAUUCUCGCCAGUUACAUCGGUUGGGAAUAUUUGUGAGUGGCACUAUUAAUUGGUUGGUGGUAGACGAUGGUUCUUCGUUUUUCAUUGUUUCUCUUGAUUUGGAAAAUGAGUCAUAUAAACGGCUUGCGCUGCCUAAUUUGGAGGAUGAUUGUUUCACAAGUUUGGGGGUUUUGAGGGAUUGUUUGUGCAUCAUUACAACCGGUGACGUGUUUUUAAAUGUUUGGAUUAUGAAAGAAUAUGGAAAUAAAGAAUCUUGGACUAAAUUGUACAGUAUUCUACACAUGCAAGACCGGGUAAUACGUCUUUAUACAAAGGCUUUAUAUAUUUUUGAGGAUGAACAACUGCUGAUUGGCUUUUAUGAGUUGGAAAGUUACAAAUUGAAGUUGGUUGUUUACAAUUCCAAAAAUGGUAUCUUGAAGAUUCCUGAGAUUGGAAACAUCCGGCGUUGCUUGCAGCUGGACCCAGAAGUCUACAUUGAAAGUCUGAUAUCACCUUGUUCUUAA